AUGAUUCAAAAUGGUGGCACUGUAUCCCAAGGUUCUAUCUUGUGUUAUGCUUGUCAAAUUCCUGCUAAGGUUGGUGUCUCGAGUAUCCGAAGUUUCUGGGGACAUAGUUUGGAAAAUAAGCCAAGAGGAAUGACAUUAACAGACAUGUCUGCUACAUCAAGCUCACUUUUAAGCGGGGGUCAGAAUCUUUUCUCUCGUACCAUCCCCGCAUUACGUACGCUGCACAAGUCUUCUACCACUCCUCGAGCAACGAAGGAUUCCUCAGGCUUUCGAUUCCCUCCGAUGAAAAGAAAACCAAGAUGGUGGUGGAGAACAUUAUCAUGCAUCCCUUACCUCUUACCUCUCCAUCAGGUUUGGAUGUAUGCUCAGACAGCAUACAAUCUUCACCCGUUCAUCGAGUUUUUUGAGCCCAUGACGCUCCCUUUUCUUAUGGCAAUUGGAAGUCUACCUAGAUGGUCUCUCAUAGCAUACUUCUUGAUUGCAUAUCUUACAAUUGUGAGGAGAAAAGAAUGGCCUCAUUUCUUCCGAUACCAUGUUGCCGUCGGAAUGUUAAUCGAGAUCGCCCUACAGGUUACCGGGAUUGUGAGCCGUUGGAUGCCGCUUGCGUUUUAUUGGGGUCAAAUUGGAAUGCAUUUCUGGACUACUGCAUUUUUUGUUUUUCUCUUUACUACCGCAGAGUGCAUUAGAUGUGCCCUUGUUGGAAUGUAUGCCGAUAUCCCUUUUGUCUGUGAUGCGGCAUACAUUCAAAUACCACACGAGUAA